CUGAUAACCCAGCUGCCGAGGAACGGAGUGGAGCCGGCUCCAAACUUCUCAGCUGUUGACAGGCUUGACUUGCUGAGAACACUGGUUAAAUAUAGCACACGCGAGCUCAGCUCAACAAAGUCACUGCUCUGACAGUGUAGUGGAGGGAGCAGAAGACGAGAAACCUAAUCUCAGAACCCAACAACACCUAGCAACAGUUGAAAAAACUUUCAAACAAAAGUCUGGGUGGGAGGUAUACACCAGCCUCCUCUUUCUGCUGAUCGGGAUUUCAGGGAGAAGAAGCUGCUUUCCCCUUCUCUCUACCCAGUUUCCUGCAUGACUUCAGCUAUUGGCUAGUCCCAGGAAAGAAAGUGGGAAAAGCUUUUCCCUCUGUAUUCUUUUGGGCUGGAUAGGUUUCCAGGACUCCAGUCUCUCUUGGGCUGUGGGACAAGCCACUGGGUUCUUCACAGGAUAAGCUACCUCCAUAAAGGACGUACCCUGGGUUAGACCAGCUGCCAGUCAGGUGGGAAUGAGAUCCCGAAAUCAGGGUGGUGAAAGUUCAUCCAACGGGCAUGUCUCCUGCCCCAAGUCCUCCAUCAUCAGCAGUGCUGAUGAUAAAAGUCUCUCGGAAGAUACGAAAAAGAAGAACAAAUCAAAUAGAAAGGAGGAUGAUGUCACGGCCUCAGGAACUGUCAAACGACACCUAAAACCAUCUGGAGAAAGUGAACGAAAGAAUAAGAAAUCCUUGGAGUUAUCCAAAGAAGACCUCAUCCAGCUACUCAGUAUAAUGGAAGGGGAGUUGCAGGCCAGGGAAGAUGUGAUCCACAUGCUGAAGACGGAGAAAACCAAGCCUGAGGUUCUGGAGGCUCACUACGGGUCUGCGGAGCCCGAGACAGUGCUGCGGGUCCUGCACCGAGACGCCAUCCUGGCCCAGGAGAAGUCCGUCGGAGAAGAUGUGUAUGAGAAGCCCAUCUCAGAGCUGGACAGACUCGAGGAAAAACAGAAGGAAACCUACCGGCGCAUGCUAGAGCAGCUGCUGCUGGCAGAGAAGUGUCACCGGCGCACGGUGUACGAGCUGGAGAACGAGAAGCACAAGCACACGGACUACAUGAACAAGAGCGACGACUUCACCAACCUGCUGGAGCAGGAGCGAGAGAGGUUGAAAAAACUCCUUGAACAAGAAAAGGCUUACCAAGCCCGCAAAGAAAAGGAAAACGCUAAGCGGCUCAACAAACUGAGAGAUGAGCUGGUGAAACUCAAGUCCUUUGCACUCAUGCUGGUGGAUGAAAGGCAAAUGCAUAUCGAGCAACUUGGCCUGCAAAGCCAGAAAGUACAGGACCUGACUCAGAAACUGAGGGAAGAGGAAGAAAAGCUCAAAGCCAUUACUUCCAAAUCCAAAGAAGACAGGCAGAAAUUGCUCAAGCUGGAAGUGGAUUUUGAACACAAGGCUUCGAGGUUUUCCCAGGAGCAUGAAGAGAUGAAUGCUAAGCUCGCCAAUCAGGAGUCUCACAAUAGGCAACUCAGGCUCAAGCUGGUUGGCUUAACUCAAAGAAUUGAGGAGCUGGAAGAGACCAACAAAAAUCUUCAAAAGGCGGAGGAAGAACUUCAGGAACUAAGAGAGAAAAUUGCCAAAGGGGAAUGUGGCAACUCCAGCCUCAUGGCAGAAGUGGAAAAUCUGCGGAAGCGCGUGCUCGAAAUGGAGGGUAAAGAUGAGGAGAUCACGAAAACGGAAUCCCAGUGCCGGGAACUGAGGAAGAAGCUGCAGGAGGAAGAACACCAUAGCCGGGAGCUCAAACUUGAAGUGGAGAAGUUACAGAAGAGAAUGUCAGAACUGGAGAAACUGGAAGAAGCCUUUAGCAAGAGUAAAUCUGAGUGCACCCAGCUGCAUUUAAAUCUGGAGAAAGAAAAGAGCUUAACCAAGGACCUGCUCAAUGAAUUGGAGGUGGUCAAGAGUCGGGUUAAAGAACUGGAAUGUUCCGAAAGUAGAUUGGAAAAGGCUGAAUUAAGCCUCAAAGAUGAUCUGACAAAGUUGAAGUCAUUUACCGUGAUGCUGGUUGAUGAAAGGAAAAAUAUGAUGGAAAAAAUAAAGCAAGAAGAGAGAAAAGUAGAUGGACUCAAUAAAAACUUCAAGGUGGAACAAGGAAAGGUUAUGGAUGUCACUGAGAAACUAAUAGAAGAAAGUAAGAAGCUUUUAAAACUGAAAUCUGAAAUGGAGGAAAAGGUGUACAAUCUGACAAAAGAGAGAGACGAGUUAAUAGGCAAACUGAAAAGCGAAGAAGAAAAAUCCUCUGAAUUAAGCUGCAGUGUUGACUUACUAAAGAAGAGACUUGAUGGGAUAGAGGAAGUGGAGAGAGAAAUAACCAGAGGGAGGUCUCGAAAAGGACCUGAGCUCACCUGCCCAGAAGAUAACAAAAUUAAGGAACUUACCCUUGAAAUUGAGAGACUGAAGAAACGCCUGCAACAACUGGAGGUGGUCGAAGGGGAUUUGAUGAAGACAGAGGAUGAGUAUGACCAGCUGGAGCAGAAAUUUAGAACUGAGCAGGACAAGGCGAACUUCCUCUCCCAACAGCUGGAGGAGAUAAAGCACCAGAUUGCCAAGAAUAAAGCAAUAGAGAAAGGUGAGGCUGUGAGCCAGGAAGCGGAGCUGAGACACCGAUUUCGGUUGGAAGAAGCUAAAAGUCGAGACUUAAAAGCCGAAGUGCAAGCUCUUAAGGAGAAGAUUCAUGAGUUAAUGAACAAAGAAGAUCAGCUUUCUCAGCUCCAAGUGGAUUAUUCUGUUCUCCAACAAAGAUUCCUGGAAGAGGAAAAUAAGAACAAAAACAUGGGGCAGGAGGUGCUCAAUCUGACCAAAGAGUUGGAGCUUUCGAAGCGUUACAGCCGAGCUCUCAGACCCAGCGUGAACGGGAGGAGAAUGGUGGAUGUUCCCGUGAUGUCCACCGGCGUCCAGACAGAUGCCGUCAGCAGUGAGGCGGCGGAGGAGGAGACGCCGGCGGUGUUCAUCCGGAAAUCCUUUCAAGAAGAGAAUCACAUAAUGAGUAAUCUUCGGCAGGUGGGGCUGAAGAAGCCUAUGGAACGAUCCUCUGUUCUGGACCGGUAUCCGCCAGCGGCCAACGAGCUCACCAUGAGGAAGUCUUGGAUUCCAUGGAUGAGAAAAAGGGAAAACGGGCCCCCGAUGACUCAAGAGAAAGGGCCUCGAACAAGUUCCAGUCCGGGGCACCCGGGAGAGCUGGUUCUUUCCCCGAAGCAGGGCCAGCCCCUGCAUAUCCGAGUGACCCCAGACCACGAGAACAGUACCGCGACUUUGGAGAUAACCAGCCCGACGUCUGAAGAAUUUUUUUCUAGUACCACCGUCAUUCCUACCUUAGGGAAUCAGAAACCAAGGAUCACCAUUAUUCCAUCACCAAAUGUCAUGUCUCAAAAGCAAAAAGGUGGCGAUGGCCCUCUUGGCACAGAACGAUCCAUGUCCCCAGUCACAAUUACUACCUUUUCCAGAGAGAAGACCCCAGAAAGUGGAAGAGGUGCGUUUGCGGACAGGCCCACCUCCCCGAUCCAGAUCAUGACGGUGUCCACGUCCGCGGCACCAGCUGAGGUCGCCGUCUCUCCCGAAUCCCAGGAAAUGCCCAUGGGAAGGACUGUCUUCAAAGUCACCCCAGAAAAGCAGACUGUUCCAACUCCAGUCCGGAAAUAUAACUCCAAUGCCAAUAUCAUAACCACGGAAGACAAUAAAAUUCACAUUCACUUGGGUUCUCAGUUUAAACGAUCCCCGGGGACGUCGGCCGAAGGAGCAAGUCCGGUUAUCACUGUCCGACCUGUCAGCGUGACGGCUGAGAAGGAGGUGUCCACUGGCACCGUCCUGCGCUCUCCCAGGAACCAUCUCUCGUCGCGCCCUGGCGGGAGCAAAGUCACGAGCACCAUCACCAUCACACCUGUCACAACCUCAUCCGCCCGAGGAACCCAGUCAGUGUCAGGACAAGACGGGUCAUCCCAGCGGCCUACACCCACCCGCAUUCCUAUGUCAAAAGGUAUGAAAGCAGGAAAGCCAGUAGUGGCAGCCCCAGGAGCAGGAAAUCUGACCAAAUUCGAGCCUCGAGCUGAGACUCAGUCUAUGAAAAUAGAGCUGAAGAAGUCUGCAGCCGCCAGCACCGCCUCUCCCGGAGGGGGGAAGGGCUGAGGGCAGCGGCUGGGGAAAGCAUCAUCAUCCACCAGUUACGUAUGAACUCCAGAUGAAAUGGUAAACCAAGCACAUACUGGGUGUGUGUACUUCCUCUGCGUCCCUGUUGAAUGGAUAGUAUUUCUACAGCUCUCCAUCAUCAUUAAGGUCCUCCAUGCUACUGAUCGCUACUGGAAAUAAUUCUCUACUUCCAGUGAAUUUUUUUUUUUGAGGAUAUAAAUGGAAAAACUGAAAACGGUGUUGCUGAUAAUAUAAAAAUAGUUGGCAAGAGCAGUUCAAUCUUGGCGUCAAAAGGAAUUUCUCUUCCUUUUGCAAAGCUUUCAGGUCCAUGGGCACAUGCUAUGUAAUUUAUUUUUAUAAUACACUUUGUAAUGUGAUUUGUUUUUCCUAAAGUGUUUCCUUUUUCAUAGUCUAUGGCACAUAUAUCUGUAGAAUACAUUGUCAGUUCUUCAAAUGCAUUGCUAUUGGGGUAUUCAAAAAGGUGACCUAUACUUACUUUUAUCAAUUUGUUGUUUCUGAAAAAAAAAAAAAAGUAAAACACUCUAUAUAUUUCCUGGGGCAAAUUCAAGAAGUAAAACCAAAGCAGGAGAUUCUGGGAGAGGUAUUACUGUUGCUUGCACGAUGCUGUGGUUCUGAUUAUGGUUCAACACUAACAAGUAACACUCUGAUUAAAGAGUUUAAAUUUAAAGACUUAAGCCAGUUUUUAAAGUUGCUCUUUCUGGUGUUCUGUGCCAAAAUCUCUGGAUGAAUUGCUUUUCAUACGGAACAAGUUGGUAGGAGGGGCGGUAUGAAUUGAACCAGUUAAGUGUUAUUGGAUCAGCUUCUACUGACAGGUCAAUUAUCUUUCUGUUUGCAUUAUUUGCUUAUAUGCACAGGACUUAUAAUAAGGACUGUGAUUUCAGGAUAUUUAUCACAAUCUAAUCCAAAUGAAAGCCUGAAAAUAAAAACCAACCUAGAUAGUAUCAGCAUCUUUUAAAAAAUUGGUAAAGGAAAUCCCUAGAUAACAUUUUUUCUUGGUAGGAUUUGGACAGGUUUUCAUAACCACAUACAGGUUAGAAAAUAUAUUCUUUAAAAAUUCAAAGCAUAACAUACGUUACUCAAAUCUCAGUGUCAGACCUGCUGUUGAAUUUUGGUUUCUGUGAAAAUUUGCAUUUAAAUCUACUUGGAAUCCUUAGAGUCUAGGUUUUUUGUUUUUUUUUUUAAAGACUUUGUUAAUGUGGACAUGUUUUCAAUAAGGUCUUUAAAAAGAUCAUUUUAAAGAUCAAUGAAGAGUUGAUACAUCAAUUUCUAGAUGCAGAAAUCAUGUAUCCUGUCACUUUCCUGAGAGUAAAGAAAGAAUGCUUCUGAGGGUCACGCAGGUAACUAGAAAGAACACGAGUAACACUGUUGGCCCAUUUCUCAGUCCACAAGUUGUACCCGGGUUCAUAAGGCCAUAGAGAGGGGUCCACACUGAAUCUCUGGAACAGAAAAAUUAGUGUUGGAUUUCCUUCCCUCUGUAUCUUUGGAAGGUUUUAAGUAUACCUCGUGGAAUUGGCAAAUCAUAUUCAGCAGGUAUUAUAAGUUAAACAACUAUAUUUUAUGUAAAAUUAGCUUUGAUUUUUGUGAGGAAAUGAAACGCUACAGUAGGCUUGUCCCAGCAUGAAUGAUUGUGAACGCAUCACAGAACCUGCAGGGCUUUCGUUACUGAUUAAGAAAACUAGAGUGUGUCUGUGUGAAGGUUUAAAAAUUUGUUCUGAUGGGUUUUGAUUUCUGAAAGUGCUUCUGAACUGUAACGACAGGUUCAGUUAGGAAAGGGUUUAGUCUUGUUACAUUUAUUGACUCACAGUUAAGUCCCCUAUUUGCCACUGCUUACAUGUCUGAUGGCAAAAGUACUCUGAUCUAUCACAAGCAAAUAACCUUCUCAACGUGUGGGAACUUUAUUACACUAAUAGUGAAAAGGUUAGAGGGUAAGACUAUUUAAAUAAUUCUUGGUUAUAAUUUAAAAUGUUACAAGUAAUUUAUGUAUAUUUGGAUCUAAAGUUUUUAUUUCCCCUGAGUUUGUAAUGAAAUUAGGUACUUGCAAUGCAGAGUGAGGAUGAUGGUGCAAUCGAAGUCACUUAGAUGGAUGGUGCCUUUUUUCUGCCCAUGCUGUGCUUAAAUCCUCUGUUUAAACUCAAAUGGAAUCUGAGUGACAGAUGCGUAAAAUGAAUCUAAGUUAAUUUAAAAACUAAUGGUCUUGAAAUAGAAUAACAGAAUAUUAAAAAUAAAACAACCAGAUCGUAAACAGUCAUAUUCCAAUACCAACAUCCAGUUGAAACAAUUGCCCCCACGUGCAAUCCUGGCACCAUCUUAGGCUCAUAUAAUUUCUACAUCUUUUAUUGUAAAUAAAUUUCCAAUCAUCAGUAUGAAUGAGAAUCAGUUUUGAAUGGAGUAAUUAUGUUUUCUGAAACAUAGUCAUAAUUAGUGUUUCCAGGUUAAGGUACAAUUGAAUUAAUCCAUUAUUCAGCCCUUUUCUUUUUGAUGAGAGAGUGGUUUUUGAGGGAAUAUGCUGCAAACAUGUUUUUUCAAGUAUUUCAUAAAAUAUUAGGGUUUGAUGAAGAUAGUGGCAGAAUAAAUACUCCAGAUAUUAGAUGCCUGGAAUGUUCACAAAAUAUGAAGAAUUAAUUGUAUCUUAGGACAACCACUUAAAAAAAUUCAUGGUGCGGAACAGCUAGCUUAAACACGCAGAGAAACGAAAUUAUUCACAGCUUCUGAAAAUCAGUGACGAAGCAAAAGUAAAUGGUGUAUCAGACAAUGUAAUAUGGUUUGUGUCUUUUCUCUUCAUACUGUGGUUGAAUUUUCCUGGAAAUAAAAAGAAUAGCAAAAGUAGGGUGUGGUCAUGAAUCUGAUGAGCAACAAUUCUAAAAAUAACAAAUAUGCGAAAUGGAAGUUUUAGAAAAACACAUCUGGCACCUGAGGCAUAUAUCCCCCUCCAGACUCCAGUGCUGUGCCUCUGCUAAAAAUACGAAUUAGAGGGCAAAGAGGAAAAACAAUAAAAAUUGUUGUAAUAAAUUCAUAAACAUUGGGAGAGUUUUGUGGAAUUCAUUUUGCUUAAUGGCUAUUAAAAUUUUACGUUCUAAAGUUUUUAGUGCUUACUCCAUAACUAGAUGAUGAAAACUGUGUUUGUUACCUAGGAAAAAUACCAUAGAUUCAUAAAUUUGGACAGAAGUGUUUAAAGGUGCCAUGACAUGAUACAUUGAUUUUCUGGUGUUGUUUUCUUUUUGUUUAUGUUAUUUGGGUAAUUUUACCUCACCAUUCACAGAUUUUGUUAUUUUAACAGUUCAGAUUUGUAUUUAUUUAGAUUUUGCUUUAAAAAUAUCAGAUGUUAGUUUCUCCAAUGUAAGAGGCUUAUAAUGUGAUCAGAUAUUCUUUGAAGUCUUGCAGGUUUAAUGGAUUUUCAAAAGCAAAAGAUUGCAUUGAGAAAUUCUGGAGCUACGUUCUAUUUUCACAGCAGUCUCAAUUUUGUCUCUUUUAAGUUUUAUUAAAUCCAUGAGAAGUUUAUCAUUUUUCACUACAGCUGGGUGAAUUUAUGGAUAUGUACUUGUCUUUUAUACGAAUGUAAUAUCCAACUUUCAGUUCUUCACGGGCUAUUGAAAUUAUUUAACCCAUUAAGAUAUUCUCUGUGUUAUCUCCCAAGUCAACCGUGUUUAUCAAAAUCUCACCAGACUGAGAAAAACAAUUGUGAUACGAAAGCAUUGUGCAAUAUUCUUUUUUGAGUUGGAACAUAAUAUCCAUCACAUUAAAAUCAUUUAAAAUGAGUA